AGGAGACCAGCUGGAAGGCACCAGCGGGAUCGCUGAGACCUUCCUGGGAGCAUCAGUGAGCGCAGAAAGCCGCGGCAGCUACCGGCUGCGGCGGCUAGGAGUCCAGUGCGAGUGAACCACGGCGGAGAGAAGGUCUCCCCAGGACAUCAUGAGGAGCGCCACCAAGCCCUGGAGUCCAGUUGCCAAAGCAGGCAGCCAUGGCCCUGAUCGCACUCGGCCCCUUGCUGGGACCCCUUCCGGCAUGAAGAGUUCCAAGUCUUCAACCUCGCUGGCCUUCGAGUCUCGGCUUAGUAAGCUCAAGAGAGCCAGCAGCGAGGACAUGCUCACCAAACCUGGCAGCGCCUCCUCAGGGGCAGUGCGCCUGAAGAAGACCUCAACCUCUGGAGCCAUCUCCGAGCUCACUGAGAGCCGCCUGAGGAGCAACCCAGGGACUAUUCCAGCAACCAAACGGACAGGCAUUCCAGCUCCACGGGAACUCUCAGUAACGAUCUCAAGAGAGAGGUCUGUGCCACGGGGUCCGUCCAGCUCAAAGAAGGUGAGCUCCAGUCCAACUUCCUCCUGCACCCCCACUCCCACCAAGCACCUGAGGACCACCUCUGCCAAACCUAAGCCAGAGCACAACGGCGCAGAGAAGGCGGUGCUCGAGACCCAGGUCCGGGAACUUCUGGCAGAAGCCAAAACUAAAGACAGUGAAAUCAACAGGCUUCGAAGUGAACUAAAGAAAUGUAAGGAGAGGUGGGCCCUGGGGACUGAGGACACUAGUGCUGCAGACCCGGGUACGGAGGGAACAUCAGCCCCAGUAGGUGACACAGAGCCUCUGAUAAGAACCCUGGAGGAGAAGAACAAGACCUUUCAGAAAGAGCUUGCUGACCUAGAGGAAGAAAACAAGGCCUUGAAGGAGAAACUGACUUACCUGGAGCAGUCACCAAAUUCGGAAGGGGCAGCAAGUCACACUGGUGACAGCAGCUGCCCAACAUCCAUCACACAGGAGUCCAGCUUUGGAAGCCCAGUUGGAAACGAACUGUCCAGUGAAACGGACGAGUACAGGAGAAGCGCACAUGGAAGCACGUUGCGGACAUCAGGAUCUUCAAGCAGUGAUGUCACCAAAGCCUCUCUGUCACCUGACGCCUCGGAUUUUGAGCAUAUCACUGCAGACACCCCAUCUCGGCCCCUGUCAGCCACUAGCUACCCCUUUAAGGGCUCCAAAUGCUCCCCUACUGGGAGCUCUCCAAACAAUGCCAGUGAGCUGUCCUUGGCGUCUCUCACUGAGAAGAUACAGAAGAUGGAGGAGAGUCAGCACAGCACGGCGGAGGAGCUGCAGGCUACCCUACAGGAACUGUCAGACCAGCAGCAGAUGGUGCAGGAGCUCACAGCCGAGAACGAGAAGCUGGUGGACGAGAAGACCAUUUUAGAGACCUCCUUCCACCAGCACCGGGAGAGGGCCGAACAGCUGAGCCAGGAAAACGAGAAGCUGAUCAGCCUUCUGCAGGAGCGGGUGACGACCGAGGAGCCCAGCGGCCCGGGAGCAAAGGUCCUGGAGCUGGAGCAGAGGUGCGCCGACAUUCUCGAGAAGAGCCGCUUUGAAAGAGAGAAGCUGCUCAACAUCCAGCAGCAGCUGACGUGCAGCCUGCGGAAGGUCGAGGAGGAAAACCAAGGAGCUGCGGACACGAUUAAACACCUCAAGGAAGAAAAUGAAAGGCUGAAUGGCUUCCUAGAGCGCGAACGGGGCAAUAGCACCGCCAUGGCCAAAACCUUGGAGGAGUUUAGGGCGACCGUGGAAGACCUGAAAGUGGAGAAUGGGUCUUUGAAGGCUCACUUGGAGGCUGAUAAGCAGAAGCCCGCGGAGGCCAGCAGCGCCGUGGGACAGACGGCGGAGAGCUUCGAGGUUCAGGAAAUGCUGAAAGUGGCUCGAGCUGAGAAGGACCAAUUGCAGCUGUCGUGCACGGAGCUCCGACAAGAGUUGCUGAAGGCAAAUGGUGAAGUUAAACACGUUUCCAGCCUGCUGGCUAAGAUGGAAAAAGAUUAUUCUUACCUGAAGGAGGUCUGUGAUCAUCAAGCAGAACAGCUGAGCAGAACCAGCCUAAAAUUACAAGAGAAAGCUUCAGAAAGUGAUGCAGAAAUCAAAGACAUGAAAGAGACUAUAUUUGAAUUGGAAGACCAGGUGGAACAGCAUCGAGCUGUCAAGCUACACAAUAACCAGCUCAUCAGUGAGCUGGAAAGCAGUGUGAUCAAACUAGAGGAGCAGAAGUCAGACCUGGAACGGCAACUAAAGACCCUCACAAAACAGAUAAAGGAGGAAACUGAGGAGUGGAGGCGGUUCCAGGCAGACCUGCAGACUGCAGUGGUUGUGGCCAACGACAUCAAGUGUGAGGCUCAGCAGGAACUGCGCACUGUGAAAAGGAGGUUGCUGGAGGAGGAAGAGAAAAAUGCCAGGCUACAGAAGGAGCUGGGGGACAUACAGGGACACAACAGACCUGUGACUGAAGAGUCAGAACCCCCGGAGGGCGAUGCUGCUGGCCGCUGGCGUGGAGUCUAUGUCAACAGAACAUCUGCAGCUCCUUCAGACUCUGCAACCACUGUAAAGUCACUGAUCAAGUCAUUUGACUUAGGACACUCAGGUGGAGCUGGACAGAGUAUUUCUGUCCACAAGACUCCCAGAAGCCCCCUGAGUGGAAUCCCGGUGAGGACUGCUCCGGCAGCUGCUGUCUCUCCAAUGCAGAGACAUUCAACUUACAGCAGCCUGCGGCCAGCCAGCAAAGGGAUGCCUCAGCGCCUAGAUCUGCCGGACCUUCCCCUCUCAGGGCUUCUGAAGGGAAGGGCCGAGGAUCGGAAGUCAGACCCUUACCUCCGGAAGAGUCCUUCGCUGGAGUCCCUGAGCAGACCCCCGUCCUUGGGCUUCGGGAACAGCAGGCUGCUGAGUGCGUCCACUGGGGGUCUGAAGCCAAGCAAGCUCAGUGUUGAAAGAAGAGACCCUCUGGCAGCCUUGGCCCGGGAGUAUGGUGGCUCUAAGCGUAAUGCACUCCUGAAAUGGUGUCAGAAGAAGACAGAAGGUUAUGCGAACAUUGACAUCACCAAUUUCAGCAGCAGCUGGAGCGAUGGGCUGGCCCUCUGUGCUCUGCUGCACACAUACCUGCCUGCCCACAUCCCAUACCAGGAACUGAACAGUCAGGAGAAAAAAAGGAAUCUCUUGUUGGCAUUUGAAGCAGCUGAAAGUGUAGGCAUCAAGCCCAGCCUGGAACUCAGUGAGAUGCUGUACACGGAUCGGCCUGACUGGCAGAGUGUGAUGCAGUACGUGGCUCAGAUCUACAAGUACUUUGAGACAUAAACAGACCCAACAGCAGUAGCUGCCGCUUGGCCGAGGUUUGUCCUGGUAGUGCCUGCUCACUGUCCACCACACCUGCUGUGCCCACCGCCUGGCUGGCUGGAUUUCCAAGGAAGGCUCACGCCAAGUGGACCAGCACUCCAUCGAGAAGCAGAGCUGGCCCCACCUCAGAUGCAAAUGUGCCUGGAGCCUAUGCUCAGGACUCCUUGCUCCCAAUGGGAAGGUUCUAGAGAUGCAGGCCCCACUUCUCACACACUGGGUCCCCAAACCCAGGCCCUCUUCUGUGAGAGUCCAGAGUGUUGCCAGGCCCGUCUGCUGUCCACACAUGGCCUCCAUGCACACAAGCAGCGCUUCAGUCACCUUAUCUUUCCUCCUUCUUCUCCUCCCCCUUUACUAGGACGUCUCUGGCUUUGCUCCAUUCAAAACUUUGUCCUUGCCAGCUGCCUACCCCUCAAAUAAAACAACACCCAGCAAAACAGACAAACAAAAGCAGCUUUCGCUUCUUAGCAACCUGCAAACACAUGGACCAGGGAAGUAGUGUGCUCAGCUCUAGGAAGCCGAGGACUUAAUGACACUGCAUCCCUCUCACUGUCCCUAUUUGGAUGCCUUGCUGAGGGCCCACGGGAGGCCAGCCAGCUUGCACGUUAACCACACACCCUGAGUGCAGCACUGGUGUCCUGGCUGGUGGGAGCCAUGACCAUUGUCCACAGUACCUUCCGCCCCGCUAUUUAUU